AUGAUGGGCUCGGUGCUGCCCGCCGAGGCCCUGGUCCUCAAGCCUGGGCUGAAGCCGCAGGGGCUCUCGCUGGCCGAGGUGAUCACCUCCGACAUCCUGCACAGCUUCCUCUACGGCCGCUGGAGAAACGUCCUGGGCGAGCAGCUCUUCGAGGAGAAGAGCAGCCCCAAGACCGCCUUCACGGCCGAAGUCCUGGCUCAGUCCUUCUCCGGAGAGGUGCAGAAGCUCUCCAGCCUGGUGCUGCCGUCGGAAGUGAUCAUCGCCCAGAGCUCCAUCCCCGGAGAAGGGCUCGGCAUCUUCUCCAAGACUUGGAUCAAGGCUGGCACCGAGAUGGGGCCGUUCACGGGCAGGGUCAUCUCCCCCGAACAUGUGGACCUGUGCAAGAACAACAACCUCAUGUGGGAGGUGUUCAAUGAGGACGGCACAGUACGGUAUUUCAUCGACGCCAGCCAGGAGGAUCACCGCAGCUGGAUGACCUACAUCAAAUGUGCACGGAAUGAGCAGGAGCAGAACCUCGAGGUGGUCCAGAUUGGGAACAGCAUCUUCUAUAAGGCCAUUGAGAUGAUUCCUCCAGACCAAGAGCUGUUGGUCUGGUAUGGGAACUCCCACAACACCUUCCUGGGCAUCCCAGGUGUGCCAGGGCUGGAAGAGGAGCAGAAGAAGAACAAACAUGAGGAUUUCCACGCGGUGGAGACGGGGGCCAGCACAACGGGCCGCAUGCGCUGCGUCAUCUGCCACCGCGGCUUCAACUCCCGCAGCAACCUGCGCUCCCACAUGCGCAUCCACACCCUGGACAAGCCCUUCGUGUGUCGCUUCUGCAACCGCCGCUUCAGCCAGUCCUCUACCCUCCGCAACCACGUCCGCUUGCACACGGGCGAGCGGCCCUACAAGUGCCAGGUUUGCCAAAGUGCCUAUUCCCAACUCGCAGGGCUGCGGGCGCACCAGAAGAGCGCCCGCCACCGGCCCCCCAACGCCUCCCUGCAGGCCCACUCGCCCGCCCUGCCCGUGCCCCAUCCUGCCUCGCUGGCCCAUCACAUCCCCACCAUGGUGCUGUGAAGUCCUGGUGUGGCAGCAGGAUUUGGGACUGAUGCAAAGACUGAUGCUGAGACAUGCAAUGAACUUGGGGGGUGGCCCUUGGCUGAGCUGCUUUGUGUCUCGGAGGAGUGUUGGGUUGUUUUUGGGCAUUGCUGACUUAGAGGGUUUGGCAGGAGGGGAACCCCCAGCUCUUCAGCUGAGUUGUGUGGGGUCAUCCCCAGGGAGAUGUGGCAAAGGGUGGGCUGGUGGCCCCUGGGGUUGGCAGAGGAGAAGGGAUGCAGUGGGAUGUCCUGUGUGAGUUUGCCAGUGGACUGGGGGAGCCGAAAAGCUGGGCCUGGAUCAGUCAUGGCUGGGUUUUACAGAUAAUUUGGUAGAAAGAAAAAUUCCUCUUAUCCAUCCUCCUCUGCUCUAGCAGAUAUGUUCCCUAUUGAAAGGCUGGCACAGCCCUGAUGCGACCACCCCAGUCAUACCUGUUUGCCCCGGGAGUGGCUUUGGCCCCGGUGGCUCCUUCUAAGGGACACCUUUCCCUCCCUGGGAGACCUGAGUUGGUGAACAUUUGCAUUUUCC